AUGGCGAUGAUUUUCAGUUUAAGGUACUCUUUGAUCUUGUAUUUUGCUAUGUUUUUCUGUUUUAUGGAUGAUGUGUUAGUUCAGUCGAGUUCUACUUCAUUUGGGUUCAAAAAUUUUGGAAAUAAUUCAAAGUUUUUGGACUCUGAAAUCGGGUUUUAUGGUGAAGCAAAGGUUGAUGAAAAUGGGUCUUUUGUUGAAUUGACUGAAUCUCAUUCAUUCAGUUCGGGUCGGGUCAUGUACCGAAAACCCAUUAAGUUGAUGGGUAGAAAUGGGAGUAGGAAGGCUUCAUUUGGGACUUAUUUUACAUUUUCUCUCUCCUCUGAAGAUGGAGAUGGGAUUUUGUUUGUAAUGCUUCCAAAAGGGUAUUCUUCUGGUGGGUAUAAUGGGAAACUUUUUGGGUUGUCGAAUGAAUUGAUUGAGAAGAAGAAUAGAGCAUUUUUCGCUGUUGAAUUUGAUACGAAAUUUGAUGCUGAAUUCGGAGAUUUGAGCAAUAAUCAUGUUGGAAUUGAUGUUGGUAGUUUGGUAUCAGUAAAAGUAACAAAUGGGUCGGAUUUGAAAUUGAAAUUGAGUAGUGGGAAGAAGCUGCAAUGUUGGAUCGAUUACGAAGCGAGUUCAAAACGAAUCGAGGUUCGAAUGAGUAAAGAGGGUGAAGAAAGAUCUGUUUCUCCAUUGUUAUCUUGUCCUGUUGAUUUGUCAGAAAUGUUCAAGGGUGAGGAGGUUUUCUUUGGGUUAAGCUCAUCAAAUGCAAAUUCCAGUCAAGUAUGCAGGUUAUAUUCAUGGAGCUUCAAGUUAAGACCUGUUCCUUAUUGGAUGCAUUCGUAUCCAUUAGAUCCUAAACCCAUUGCGAAAGAUGCAGAGGCGGUCGUGAUGAUUCGACAAAAGAGUGACUGUAAGCUGAAGGUUCUUACAGCUCUGAUUCUUGGCACUGUGUGUGGAGCUUUAGGAGCUUACAUUGUGAUGUUUGUAUGGAGUGUUUUUGUUUCGAAGAAGCCGGUUGCUCCUGAAGAGUAUAUGAUUAAACCUGUGAUGUAUGACUAUGACAAAGUUCAUGUACUUGCAGUUGAUAAAUCUGAUGAUGGUAUGAACUCUAAGUAG